UAUCAUCUCCAUAGUUAGAUAUGGUUUAUUUAAGGUAUUUGUCUUUCGCUUGUUGUGUAAUUUUCCUUCAUGCAGCAGGUGUCAAUAGUGAGUGUCACUUAGGAUGGCACCAUUUUGAAGAGUCGUGUUACAUGUUCAGUACAGAUGCUCUUAAUUGGUAUUUAGCAGAGAGUAGCUGCCGAGGUCACGGAGGUAGACUUGCUGAGGUAACGACAAAAGCACAGUCUGACUAUUUGAUCUCUAUGGUCAAAUUACUGAAAAAUGGUGAUGAUUACUGGUUAGGUGGUAGAGAUGACAUCAUCGAAGGCACAUGGCAGUGGGCAUCAACUGACAGAGUGUUCACAUAUACAGCAUGGGGACCAGGUAACCCUAGCAACAGUGGUGGAAACGAAGACUGUCUACAUUUACAUGACUUUCCACCUGAUGGAAUAAAAUGGAAUGACAAUGCAUGUCAAGUUGGAAUGAAAUUCAUUUGUGAAAAACAGAUAGAUUCUGACAAUCCGGAAAUUAUUGGAUGAGAUUUAAGACGAAACUGUUUCUCAAUUAUUAAAUAAACAACUACAGAGGGGUCCAUUUUAAUUAUUCUUCAACCCAAUGAUAAAACUUAGAUAUUUGUCUUUUCCGAUAUUAUAAGCUUAUAUACC